AUGUUUCGACAAACAAAAACGCCAGGCCCAACAUUGUAUAAUAUCCCAUUGGUCGCCUUUGGAGAUGUCUACACCACCCAACCCUCCAAGCCUGGAUGUUCACCGCCCUCGACGCCUAACAUCUUCAGGCCGCCCUGUCUUGCUGGCCGAAUUGUCCGUGUGAUCAUUUACAUGGGGGGUUGGAACGUGGGCGACGGUAGAUUCUUGGUUGUCUUUAGAGAGGAAACUUGGAAAGAGAUCCAUUACCUCCCAAACAUGACUCCCUCAUAUAUCAAUUCUCAGCCACUGACGGGCCGUCCCGCCAACAGCCGCCUCGCAAAAAGUAUGCCUUUCGCUGGACCUUGUUAUUGUGGUCAGGGAGGCAUGAACGUGGUCACCGAUCCCUGUGUUCGCGUUGUCGCGUCGACAAACUGCACGUUCGGCAACACUUACACCACGAUACUUCCCACAGUCAACAUAGUCACGGCGGUUGUUGCAGAGGGAGGGCAACGCGGGCAACUCUUCUGUUCUAUCGCAAGAUAUUUACUCGGUAUCGUACACAAGACCGUCAUUGGAGUUUCCGGCAAUAUCCCACGCAUCGGGAUCCUAGCUUUACGAAAAACGAAGACAACGAGAGACGAAUCGCAAAACAAACAUCCAGACGCUAUCAGAAAUCGCUUCAUCGCGGCCGAGGUGAUACGAGUUGAUAGAAACAACAACAAAGUCAAUACGGGACCCGCGGAUCACAGGACAGAAGCAGUUGGGCCGACUAAACUACCGAAGCCACUCGACGUGCAGGUACCCAACAGGGUCGAGCAAGCGGGAGCAUUUCCCUGGCCAGAGCGAUUCUUCAACAGGAGGAAGCUUCCUAGAGAAUGGGAGAAUACCCCAUGGCUUUACGCUACCCUUCGAGAUAUGGAACAAGACCUGAAGUGGCCCGAAGAAGAAGAUAUACUGCGCUCCUUACGGACCGAAGAGAACUGGGCCCCGGACCAAUUCCGACUUGAUAUUUUCCUCGAUAUUCUUCGUGGAAGAACACUCCAGCAGCUGGAAGAGGGUGCAUACGGGGUGCCGGAAACCAAAGUUGCCCUCCUCAUUGAUAGCAACACCCUCGGCAGUGAACCGGUAUUGCGACCCUUUCUUGGAGGCCUAUCGGCAAGGCAGUUGUUGAAAGAGGCGGCCAAAGCGCGCUACGAACUCGAUGAUGAAUCAUCUACUGUCAGCGCAUCUACUGUCAGCUGUGGCUUUAUCGAAGCAGAACGCAGGUUGAUCUACGUGGUUGACCUAGAUUCUUGGUCCAUUCUUUCUCUUCUUGGAUCAUCUCCGGAGUCUCUUUACAGGGAGGUGACCGAGUACAUACUAAACCACCUCUCAGCUAAGAGUGAAAUUGGAGUUUCUUUCGCUAAAAGGUCAAGUGAGGAACCUCUAAGAUCAUCAUCAGACAUCACGUUUAUGAGAAGAUUCACCGAGAUGUCUACCGACGCCACUUCCUUCGAUGUGAUAUACUCAAGCCAUACGAGUACAAUUGUCACGGGUUAUGAUCAACAUCGCUGGACCGGAGUGGCCUUUCUUGAGAGCUGGUACGAAGACGUGCUCGACGACGAACCACAUCCCGACAUGGAGCCUCGCAGCUACUUCAUUCGCAUCCUUCAAAUCCGUCUAAACCAAAUCAAUGGUGAAUGGGAAUCCCUGUACUCCCACUUAAACAAGGCUAUUACAGCAGCGCUAAGACAGCACAAGGAACUUCUUGAUGGCGUUUUACGAGUGUCUCGUAGCUUCAGAGCUCAACAAGAAGCCGAGAACAAGCUCGACGAGUUUGAAAUGAUCCUCAAGGAAGCUGCAGACGUUCUGAGGGAUCUGAAAAAAAAACUCGGCGAGACCCUUAGUAGCGCCGCGGUUUUCACGGAAACCGAUGUGAACUACUUCCUGCAUCAAGAUGGCCGAGUUGGAGAUGCCAUAGAUUGCAUGAUGCCCUUAUCCCAGAUUCGGAAAACAUUGAACAAAAUGGGACGAACCCACCGAGAUAUCGGCGAGCUGCAAGGAACAUGCGAGUCCAUGCUCGAGAGUGGUAUUAGUGGGAGAAACAAGUCUAUGUUGAAAAAGAAUAUGAAUGCGAUGAAUUCGAUGGAGAUUAGAAUGCUGUCGUGGACAACUAUGAUGUCUCAACCGCUCCUCAAUGUAGCCGCGAUCUUCAGCUGCGAUGGUAUCAUCACUUUCCCGCGGACAUGGUACAAUUUCCUCUACGCUCUUUUCAUCAUGGUAGCUGCUAUGGGGUUCGUUGUAGUCUUCUUACUCCAGUUGGUGGAAUCUGGCGUCAGCCUGUUUGAAAGAAAAGCUGGAGGUGAGACUUCCACAAAAGAGUCCAGCCAAAGACGCGGCGUGACGGGCCCGGUGAACACCAACAGCCGCUUGCCACCCCGCAGAUCCACAUGGUGCACAAGCGGGAUGGGGCACUUCCAGAGACGACACGCAGACAUUGGCCUUCUUGAUUUAUCGGGACGGAGCGUGCUGGGUCAGCCGGCGAUAAUAGAGCCGAGUCUUCCCAAGCCUCCCAUCGCUAUCUUGGCAAGCCAUAAAGGCUAUACUGAGCCUCUUGCUUAG